CGGAAUCGACAAAUAUAUUUCAUACCGAUCAAAUCAAUUCCAACAGUUCCUCAACUUUUUGUUUCUUUCGGCUUGCAUCUUCGAUCAUAACUUGACAUAUUUCUGAUCGAUCGAAUCAAUUUCAGGAGUUCUUUUUCCUUCGGUUUGCAUCAUAAUUGGAUAAAUCGUUGAAGUUUCUUCCGUCUUUUGAUCGUUAGAUGCAAAUUCUCUUGAACAUAGAACAAGGCGGUGAAAGAGAUCGAAGUUUUUGGAGCAUGACAAGACAACGCCGCAUCUUUGUUAAUGGACUAUUCAUUUCGUUAGCGCUCUCGAGUUUUGAUCUCUCAGUUAUAUGUCUGCAUAAUUUAAAUGGAAUCUCUCAACGCGAAGAAGAUUCGCGUCAUAUUAAUCCGAUGAGGAUAUGCACAGCCUAUGCGUAACGCAUCCAGAUAAUUGUGUGAGAUAGGUUGUUUGGGGGCUUUUUCAUUUCAUGAAUGGAUUCAACUCAACGAACUGCAAGCAAUAUCAUAUAGAACAAAGAUGAAGAUGCAUUGAUAGCUAAGAUUCUAUAGUUGAAAUCUAGAGGGUAUGAAAAGUGGGUGUGGUGGUUAAUUGAAAUGCUGGCCUUAUCCUCAACUCAUGACAAGAAAAAAGUUGCAGCAGAAUCUUAAUGAGGGAGAAUCAAUGGCUUUGGAGCACAGCCCUGUUAGAUUAAUGAAGCUUGGCAAGCUUAUAUGCAAGAAGGAAUCAUACAAGUUGGUGGACAGAAUACGAAGAACUACAACCAUUGAAGUCUUUCUGCUCAAGGAUUCAAAGAAGGUGAUUGGAAGAAUCUGGUAUUUAUUGACUGACAUUACAGAACUUGUUACUUUGUUUUCAUUGUUUCUUGAUAUCUAUAUUCUCAUUUCCACAAACUCUGCAAAGUAGAAGACACGGUUAUUGUUUUUACACGUCAGACAAUGAUUGAUAGGAUUAAUAUCACAUUUUGGUUAUGUUACUAAUAAAGUGCGAUUAAAUUAUGAUCUUACAUAUCAAAUGGUUAAUUAUUCGUAUUUCAGCAUAAUAAAAUAGUCAUGCCCACUGAAUUAAAAGACCUUUCAACUUGUCCAGCCUGUUGGAAACGGUAAUUUUUAAAGUUUCUUUUAUUAGUUUGAGCAUCUAAGUAAAGUGAACGUUCCUUUUUAGAAAAAGGCAGCAUUCCUUAUGUUGUCCCUAUAAAUAGUCUUGCAUGAGAGCUCAAACUCAUAUAACAAGAAGCUUCGAUAUUAGUUUCCUCUUGCACAAUUUCCCUUCUUAAUAUUUAAAGCCUGUAUAACAAUAUUUAGACCAAAUUUGUAUAAAUUUGGUCCAAAAAGGUUAUAAGGUUUUAAACGAACUUGAAAGAAACCUUAGAUAUAUCAAGUGUACGUUUGUUUCUUGGCUUCAUUUCAUUUGCUAGGAAAACUCUAUCGUACUAAGAAGCCAUGGAUAAGGUUAAGAGGUUGGUUGCAGAGAGGAGUGUGGUCAUAUUCAGCAAGAGCUCAUGCUGCCUAUCCUAUGCAGUUAAAAUUCUAUUGGGGGAACUUGGAUUCAAUCCUUUCGUGUAUGAGAUUGAUCAAGACCCUGAUUGCAGGGAAAUAGAGAAAGCUCUCAUGAGGCUUGGCUGCAGUGCACCAGUACCAGCUGUGUUCAUUGGUGGAAAGCUUAUUGGAUCCACGAAUGAAAUCAUGUCGCUCCACCUUAGCGGUGAUCUGACCAAAAUGCUGGUGCAAAGUCGUGCUUUGAACAACAAAUACUAAAUCUAACCAAAUUAUUCACUAUUCUGUUGGAGAAGGAAAACGAUAAUAAGUUGGCACAAGUCUAUUAGUGAAUAGUUUAUGUGAUGCUAUGCGUCAUGAAUUAUGUAGCAAUUGUUUAGCGAUGUAGUAUGUAAUACGUUUGUUAUUGUUAAUGAAGCUGCCUCCUAUUUUCUUGUGUUGA